UUGUGGGUGGAGCUAGUGGCGCAGUGGCAGGUGGAGCUAGUGGCGCAGUUGUGGGUGGAGCUAGUGGCGCAGUGGCAGGUGGAGCUAGUGGCGCUGGGACAGUAGGAGCUAGUGGCGCAGUGGCAGGUGGAGCUAGUGGCGCAGUGGCAGGGGGAGCUAGGGCUGGUGAAGGUAGUAGCGCAGGGCCCGGUGGAGUUAGCGGUGGAGGGGCAGGUGGAGUUAGUGGCGCAGGGGCUGGUGGAGUUAGUGGUGCAGGGGCAGGUGGAGUUAGUGGCGCAGGGGCUGGUGAAGGUAGUGGCGCAGGGGCAGGUGGAGUUAGUGGCGCAGGGGCUGGUGAAGGUAGUGGUGCAGGGGCAGGGGCGUGA